CAAAAAAUUUUGGCAGAGGAGCAAUUAAGGUCGGCCACAAUUUUGGACUCCCUAUUUCUCCUACUUUGUUACUCCUUUCAGGGAGUGAAUGAAUUUGACAUAUCCAACAUUAAGACAAUUCCUCCAGGACUGCACCUUCCUCUGGCCUAACUCUGAUGGCAGCACUGACAAGAAAAAGAAACAAUGAAUCUCCAGUCUCAAUGAGGGAAUCUUUUGUUCUUGUACUUGCUUGCUGUUUAACAGUUUGUACCGCCAUAGACACUAUUACUAUUGCUAGGCCUGUCCAAGACCAUGAAACUUUAGUAUCCUCCGGGCAAACCUUCAAGUUGGGUUUUUUUAGUCCUGCAAACGCCAGUAAUCGCUAUGUUGGAAUCAUGUACGAUAAUAUUCCUGGAACAACUGUUAUAUGGGUGGCUAACAGGGACAAACCUGUUAAGGAUUCUACCGGAAUUUUGACAAUUGCAGGAGACGGUAACCUUGUAAUCUUGAAUGGGGAGAGGGAGAUCAUAUGGUCUUCUAAUGCUUCAAAGUCUGUGGCAAGCUCAAGUGCCAAACUUUUGGAUACUGGGAACUUAGUCUUGACAGACAACUCAGAUGGAAGUACGAUGUGGGAGAGUUUCCAAAUUCCUACUGAUUCUUUGGUGCCAAAGAUGAGAUUAAGUGCGGGUGCAAAAGAGAAGCUCCAACUAACUUCCUGGAGAAGCCCUUCUGAUCCUUCCAUUGGAGAUUUCUCUGCAGGCCUUAACCUUUUCCGGCCGCAACAGUUCUUUGUUUGGGAGAUUAAUGUACCUCACUGGCGCAGUGGUCCACGGAGUGGUAAUACGUUCAUCGGAAUAGCUGGCAUGAGUUCUGCUUAUCAGAGUCGAUUUGAUCUGGUGGAGGACAAUUCAGGAUCUACUUAGUUUACCUACAACUCUGUAAAUAAUCCGGAUCUGUUCUACUACGCAUUGAAUUCCUCAGGGUGUUUACAGGCAAAGGUCUUAAUUGGUAAAGGAGAUUGGAGUGUAACGUGGUCAAGUCUAGAAAGCCAAUGUGAUAUUUAUGGCAAAUAUGGACCUUUUGGAAGCUGCAAUCGUCUACAGUCACCAAUUUGUACGUGUUUGCGAGGGUUUAAGCCAAGAGAUGAAGAGGAAUGGAACAGAGAAAAUUGGAGUGGUGGAUGCAUAAGAAAGGAAUUGUUGAAAUGUGAGAGAAAUCAAUCUUCCAGUAUAGAUGCCAAAGAAAAUGGAUUUGUGAGACUCCCAAACAUGAAAGUUCCAGAUUUCCUUGUGCUGGUAGUAUUCUCAGAAGAAGCAUGUGGUAGUUCUUGCUUGAAAAAUUGCUCUUGCACAGCUUAUGCAUAUUACAAAGGGAUAGGAUGUAUGCAUUGGCGUGGCAGCCUAAUCGAUGUGCAGCAGUUCUCCUAUGAUGGGGCAGACUUGUAUAUACGCGUACCUUAUUCUGAACUUGAUAAAAAGAAGGAUACGAAAGCAGUCACUGCAGUCA